CUCCAAGCCUUGUUUUGGGGAGGGGCUCUUCCGCUCCGGAGACGUCCCGAGGGUCAGUCGCGCUCCGCUCGCCUUGCUGUUUCGCCUUCACCUGGAUAUAAUUUUCGAGCGAAGCUGCCCCCAGGAUGACCACGCUGGCCGGCGCUGUGCCCAGGAUGAUGCGGCCCGGGCCGGGGCAGAACUACCCGCGCAGCGGAUUCCCGCUGGAAGUGUCCACGCCGCUCGGCCAGGGCCGAGUCAACCAGCUAGGCGGUGUGUUCAUCAACGGCAGGCCGCUGCCUAAUCAUAUCCGCCACAAGAUCGUGGAAAUGGCCCACCACGGGAUCCGACCCUGCGUCAUCUCGCGCCAGCUGCGAGUGUCCCACGGCUGUGUCUCUAAGAUCCUGUGCAGGUACCAGGAGACCGGCUCCAUCCGACCCGGCGCCAUCGGAGGCAGCAAGCCCAAGCAGGUGACAACGCCUGACGUGGAGAAGAAAAUUGAGGAAUACAAAAGAGAGAACCCAGGCAUGUUCAGCUGGGAAAUCCGAGACAAAUUACUCAAAGACGCCGUCUGCGAUCGCAACACCGUGCCCUCAGUGAGCUCCAUCAGCCGCAUCCUGAGGAGUAAGUUCGGGAAAGGCGAAGAGGAGGAGGCAGACCUAGAGAGGAAGGAGGCAGAGGAAAGCGAGAAGAAAGCCAAGCACAGCAUCGACGGCAUCCUGAGCGAGCGAGGUGAGUGCCUUGCGGCGCCUGGAGCCGUUUGCUCCAGGCCUCGGCGGGCGGCCGGACGUCGGGGCUGGAUCGCCGCCCAGCCCCAACUCCUGUCAAAGUCCCACUGCGCCUUGCUAAGCGCAUUCUAGUGAAAGAUCGAAGAGACCGUGGAACUAAACUCCAAAUCUGUUAAGUGUUGCGUGUCACAAAUCUUCUUCCGGUCACCUCAGCCCUUCGUUUCUAGAACCGCCAGCUGUGCUCUCAGUUGGCUUCACGUGUAACAGGACAGGAAGUUUCUUAGCUGCUGAGGUAAUGGGUACAAGAGCACUCAGGGAUCUAACUGGGUUCUCGGGAAAGC